AUGCCUCUUAAUUUAGUCUCUUUUAUACGAAACACAGCAUUAAAACCUUCACCCUCCUUUUACCCGGAACUGUCAAAAACAUUUGGGGUAUUUAAAUCCGGAUUCAUAAAACGCCAUUUAUUUUAUCUCACUUUUCCCUCCUCUCUUUAUUUCUUUGUCCCUUUUCUUAACUUAUUUUCUCUUUCAAUCGUUUCACAGUUUCCUCAACGACAAAUUUCCUCUUCUCAUUUUUAUCUUCUAUGUUUUUACUUCCUUAUUUAUUCUCUUUUAUCUAAACUUCAUUUUCAUCUUUCCACAUUUCACUUUAUCUGUUUUUCUUUCCCCGCUUUUCUUCAAAUUUUCAAACUUCGUCCGUCAUUUUUGUCUUUAUCUUCUGGUGUUUCACCUCACUUUCCCUGUUUUUCUCCGCCACAUUUUCGGCUUCCUGUUUUUUCCACCUUUUCUUUUCCUAGACUUGUCUUAUUUAUGUAUAGUUGUCUAUCUUCUUUCAAUAAAUACGGUGGCAUUUCUUUCACCAGAUUUAAAGAUUGCCGCUGUCAAAUUUGUCUAAAUUACUUCUUCUUCCAUUAG